UAGCGCAAUAUUACAUCAAACCAUUCAUCUCAUCUCUAUCUAACAAUGGCGUCCAAAUCUCUUUCCAUAUUUGUGCAUAGCUUUCUUCUCUUCAUGAUUGGCUUAUCCGUCGGUAUCAUCUCCACUUCAUACCGCCUCAACAACUUCUCAUCAUUCCCCUUCACCGUUCCGGCCUCCAUUUUUCCCAUUUCAACUCGGUCGUCAUUGUCAUUGCCACAAAGUCCUCCUCCUCCGCUGCUGCCCUUAAAUGCUACUAAGAAACUAGACGAAAAGAAGUCUCUGGAGCCGCACAACAUGACGGAUGACGAGCUGCUACGGUUAGCCGCCGCCACAUCGUCGUCAGCGGCGAAAACAUUUAAGGAUGUAGCAAAGGUGGCGUUUAUGUUCUUGACACCAGGUCCUCUACCGCUUGCGCCUUUGUGGGAGAAGUUCUUCGAGGGUCAUCAACAUCUUUUCUCCAUAUAUAUCCACACACACCCUUCUUAUAAUCAAUCUUUUCCAGAUACCUCUGUCUUCUACGGCAGAAGAAUCCCCAGCAAGGCUGUGUUUUGGGGAACUAUAUCGAUGAUCGAAGCAGAAAGAAGACUCUUAGCCAACGCCCUACUCGAUCUCUCCAACCAAAGAUUCGUGCUGCUCUCCGAUUCAUGCAUUCCUCUCUUCAACUUCACCACAACCUACCACUAUCUCAUGGCCUCAACCCUAAGCUUCCUGCAAUCCUACGACGAUCCCCGCAAACCCGGCCGCGGCCGCUACAGCCGCCGCAUGUCCCCCGCCAUCACCGUCCAGCAGUGGCGGAAAGGCUCCCAGUGGUUCGAGAUUCGCCGGGAUCUCGCGGCGAAAAUCGUGUCCGACAAGAAAUAUUACGCCGUCUUCCGCGACCAUUGCCUUCCGCCGUGUUACAGCGACGAGCAUUACUUGCCGACGUUGGUGAACAUUCUGUGGCCGGACGCGACCUCGAAUCGCAGCGUCACCUGGGUUGACUGGUCUCGCGCCGGCUCGCAUCCGAGGAAAUUCGGAUGGAUUGAUGUAAAACUGGAAGUGUUGGAUAAGAUUCGAUUUGGAGGAAAAGAGUGUGUGUAUAGCGGGAAUCCCACAAGAAUCUGUUUCCUGUUUGCUAGGAAAUUCUUGCCCAAUACCUCCGGCCCAUUGUUGCGCCUUGCUCCAUCGCUGCUAGCUUAAUCCUUUCUUUCUUCCUUCUAUAUACAGUCCAAAACUCCGAACGUAAUUACUUGUAUUGCUUAACAUAGUAUAACAUCAGGUACUCGAAAAUUUCUAUUGUAUCAAUUGACACCAUU